UUCAUUAUUCCUUUUAUCUGAAGAGCAAUGUUCUGCAAUGGCAUUUUCUGAAGAUUUUUAGCUAUCAGCUUCCAGCCACAGGAAACUACAACAACAUACAGAACAGAGGGCACCAAAAACCGGUUUCCAAUUUUCAUGCAGCUUCAUCAAGCUCUUGUUUCUAAUGUCUUGGGGAGAUUUUCUGUACCUGGAAUGAACAGCAAGAGCUAUAUUUCUUUGGAUGAGCUAGAAAAGAUACUCCAGUAGAUGACUGCAAAAAGAUUCAUGAACGUCAGAAAUCACACAGCAGUGACUGAGUUCAUACUUCUGGGGUUCACUACAAACCCCAAACUGCAACAGCUUCUGUUUGGGGUGUUUCUGAUCAUCUAUAUAGCUAGCCUUGCAGGGAACAUUGCACUCAUUGCUCUAAUCUACAGCAGCUCCCAUCUUCACACACCCAUGUAUUUCUUCAUUGGCAACCUGUCCUUCCUGGACCUCUGGUAUUCCUCUGUCUAUACCCCUAAGAUCCUGGUGAACUGUAUCUCUGAGGACAAGAGCAUUUCCUUUGGGGGUUGUACUUCACAGUUCUUCUUCUCAGCUGGCCUUGCUUAUAGUGAAUGCUACCUCCUGGCAGCUAUGGCCUAUGACCGCUAUGUGGCCAUUGCUACUCCGUUGUUGUAUUCAACUGCCAUGUCCAAAAAACUAUGUACAGGGCUGGUGGCCUUCUCCUAUUUAGGUGGAUUCAUCAAUGCCACUAUCCUCACCAGUGAAACCUUCACAUUGACCUUCUGUGAUGGCAACAUAAUUGAUGAUUUCUUCUGUGAUGUGCCUCCUCUGGUGAAACUUUCCUGUGAUGUGACUGAAAAUUACCAAAUAAUGUUGUAUUUCCUCCUGACUUUUAACAUCAUUUCCCCCUCAGCUUUCAUCCUUGCCUCCUAUGGCUUCAUCCUGGCAGCCAUCUUGAGGAUCCGCUCCACUGAAGGGAGACGUAAAGCCUUCUCCACAUGUGCUUCCCAUCUGACAGCUGUGACUUUGUACUAUGGCUCCAUCCUCUUCAUAUACUCGCGCCCCAGCUCCAGCUAUGCCUUGGGCAGGGACAAAUGGGCCUCCACGUUCUACACAGUGGUUUUUCCCAUGCUGAAUCCAUUGAUUUACAGCUUGAGGAACAAGGAUGUUAUCAAGGCUGUGAAGAAGCUGACUAGUAAAAGAACACAUUUCUGA